AUGUCCGCAGAUACCCAAAGUACGAGCGGUGCACUGGGCAAGAUAUGUAAAAACAGAGUCUGCCGCACGCCGAUCGCCGACAACUCGCGGUACACGACGUGCGAGGCCUGCAGGGCCAAACGGAGCGACGCGAAGAAGCGGUCAAGGGUCGAACAGGGUAUCGCGCCGGACGCGCAGGGGUUUCAUACAUUUCGUUUGAUGCCGGGGCAUUACGGGGCAACGUUUGUCGUCCAACAGAAUCCGUCGAUAUAUCCUAUGCCGUACCCACCCCCCGCACCCUUCUAUCCCGUCAACACUACGUGGCCUCCCGCGCCCUACGCGCCCGUCGCCUCCACCUCCGCCGCGGCAUCCUUCCCUGCACCGAACCCCGCUCCCAACCCCGCACCCCCCGCUGCCCCCUCCCCGCCCGUGUCAGAGUCGGAAUCCGAAUCAGGCACACCACCCCCGCCACAACCGCGUCAGCGCCUGUGCACCACCAAGAAAUGCCGCAAGCCCAUCCCGCCCGAGUACGCCUACCGCACCUGCGAGAGCUGCCGCACGCGCAAGCGGUCCGAGCACCAGCGCGCGCGCGCACGGGCGAAGAAGGCGAACGCGACCGCCGCACCCAAGUCGCCCGCGAAACCGAGCGCGCGGAAGAAGGCGAAGGAGGAUAGGGCGCCGAAGAGCGUCGACGCGGCGGAGCGCGAGCGCAUGGCCGCGCUGAUACGCCAGAUGGGCGGCGUGCCGUCGUGGGAGAAGGAGAGGCGGAAGAAGGGCGGGUCGGGGUCGCCGGCGGGCACGCCUGCGACGGGGGGUUCGGCGGUGGAGACGCCUGCUGCGAGUGUCACUGCGCCUUUGGGCACGGCUGUGUCUUAG